AUGAUAGCUAUAAUAAUACCUAGUGUCAGCAUCGUUCAGGGUUCCAUUGGUUGUGCUGUAGCUCCCGCCUUCAACUCCGUGAGAGAAUAUCCAUCCGGCUGCCCGCCUCCUUCUUCCAUUGGAGUUACGCUAAGGGUGGAUGCGCGACGAGUGUCGUUGUGCUGUCAGUUAGCCGGUGUUGAACCGACGACAAACAAUCAAGCAGUAGAUGACCACCAUGCAUCUUGA